AUGAGCGAUGGGGGGAGCGAGGCAGGCAGGCGCGCCCUCCUCCUGGGCGACCCCCCAGAGCGCGUCCGGGACAAGGAGAGCCGCGCGGCGCUGGAGAGCGCAAAGUUGCGCGCAGGGGCCGCGGGAGGCGGCGGCGGCGGCGGCGGCGGCAUCAAGGACUUGGCGGCCGCGACGUCGGCAUCCAGCCCCGGCUCCUCCAAGGAGUGCGCCCCGGAGACCGACAGCCAGGCCUCGGCCGGCGAGGCGGACUACUGCCGCCGGAUCCUGGUGCGAGAUGCCAAAGGGACCAUCCGGGAGAUUGUCCUUCCCAAAGGUUUGGAUCUGGACCGGCCCAAGAGAACCAGGACCUCUUUCACCGCUGAACAGCUCUACAGGUUGGAGCUGGAGUUUCAACGCUGCCAGUAUGUCGUGGGCAGGGAAAGGACAGAGCUAGCCAGGCAGCUCAACCUCUCUGAGACACAGGUCAAGGUCUGGUUCCAGAAUCGCCGCACCAAGCAGAAAAAAGACCAGAGCAGAGACUCGGAGAAGCGCUCCACUUCCACCUCCGAGUCUUUUGCGACUUGCAACAUCCUGAGACUCUUGGAACAAGGGCGGCUCUUGUCCGUCCCGGCCCCUCCCACGUUGCUCUCCCCAGCCUCCAACCCCAUCGGCGCUUCAUCCGGAAAUGGCUCCUCCAUGGGCCGGUCAGGGAACACUUCGCCAGGCCUCAGCGGCGGGGGCAGCCCUCCCGGGACGGGGGGCUUCAGCUUGCAGGUCCCUUCGCUGGCCUCCUCGGCUUCCCCGCGCCUCCCCGCCACUCCGCUCUGUUUCAGCGGCCCGUUGCUGGGGAGCCUGCACGAAUUACCCAGCGGCUACGGACUGGGCGCUUCUGCCUUUGAGCCUUACAUGCGGCUGGAGAGGAAAGAAAGCACGCUGCCCAGCAAGAAGACAAGUCCUUAAAUAAUUAAUAUUAAUAAUAACAAUAAUUAUAAUAAUAACUCUAAUAAUAAUAAUAAUAAUUAAAAGAAACAAAGAGAGUGUCAAAAGACUGCCCCGCUUGGUCGCUCCGCAACCGCCCCUCCUGUCCCUCACACUGAAUUUCCUCCCCCGCCCCCCCGCCCCCCGGGGCUUCUACUUUGCAAGUGGAAUUUCAAAGACUGUUUACCAAAUGUCAACAAUGUGGUGUGUGCCUGUGUGUGCGCGUGGGUGUGAGUGUGUUCCUUCACGGAAAUUA